CGUUCCAAGGACAAAUCGUGCGUUUUUGUCUUGCUUUGUCCUUCUCGCUUUGUACUUCCACAGACAGACACACACUCUCUUCGAGCACUUUUCUCUCGCGAUCACUAAAUCACUAAAUCAACCCACCAACCAUGUCGUCCGUCGCACAGAAGCGCCUCUUCCACGAAUACAAGAACCUCUCGACCAACCCUCCAGAUGGCAUCACCGCUGGUCCCGUCACGGAAGAUGACAUGUUCCACUGGGAAGCCCUGAUUCAAGGUCCGGAGGGCACCCCGUUUGAGGGCGGCGUGUUCGCGGCCGAGUUGAAGUUCCCCAAGGAUUACCCAUUGAGUCCGCCUACGAUGAAGUUCGUUGGCGGUGGGGUUUGGCAUCCCAAUGUCUACCCCAAUGGUACCGUCUGCAUUUCGAUCCUCCACCCUCCGGGUGACGAUCCGAACCACUACGAACACGCCUCGGAACGCUGGUCGCCUAUCCAGAGCGUGGAGAAGAUCCUCAUCUCCGUCAUGAGCAUGCUUGCGGAGCCUAACGACGAGAGUCCCGCCAAUGUCGAGGCGGCUAAGAUGUGGCGUGAUCGGCGGAGUGAGUACGAGCGAAAGGUCCGUGACGAAGUCCGGAAGGGCUUGGGGUUGUAAUAGGUGUUUUCAGGGACUUGGUUUCAUGCUCCUUGCUAUACAAUCGGAUCAAAAACACAGAACGUGAUGGCGGAAGUACAGUGGUUGGCUAAAGUAUAUAAGGUGCGAUUUGUCAUGUCUGCGCAUGUGCAUAAACCGUUCUCUGUGUCUGGGUCAGUGCGUGGCAUAGCUUGUUUGGGUCGCAUUGGAUG